AUGAUUAGCAGUACAAACCCAAUGUUGCUUGUCAAACAUCUCAUUUAUUUCCUCUGCUUACAUUUGGUGAUUGCAUCUUCUCAAAUUAAUCUUUAUUUUACCGAUAGGAUAAAUGAAAAUACCAAUGAUAUAGUCCUACAACAUGAUUGCCUUUAUUUUGAUCUAAGCGAAGAUCAAUGGUCUGGUGAAAUCAUACCUUAUUGUAUGAGUGAAUCGGCAUCGAAGUGGUCUAUUGUAAACAGCAAUUUUCAUGCACUCUUAACUUUUGCUGAACUCAGCCGACGAAAUAUUACAAGUGAACAAUUACAUCAAUGGUCAGCACCGAUAGAUACCAGUGAACGUUAUCACCUGUAUCUGAAUCUUCUUUCAAAUGGGAAUGUAUUAUCAGAGAUGGGAACAGAAAUAUUUUACAAUUGUACAUCACCAGCAUUUGGUCCACAGUGCCAGUAUCAACUGGAUUUUUAUGAUCCUAAUUCGACAUUAAAUGAAUUUAUUCGUAUUCACUAUCGUCAGCACGCUUAUGCAUCAGAACCAUUAACAUGUUAUACUCAUUUACAAUGUAAUCGUGGUUCAACACCAAUAUGUCUUGAUUGGAGCGAAAUAUAUGAUGGAAAAGUCGAUUGUACUGAUGGAGUUGAUGAAAAAGAUUGUUGGCCACUCAUAAGUAAUAAAUGCAAAGAUGGUGAAUAUCGAUGUGAUAAUGGUCAAUGUAUACAUCCAAGAUUUGUUAAUAUUGGUGUCAGUUUCGAAUGUCUUGAUCGAUCUGAUCAAUAUACCUCUUUAUCACCGAAUUCAUUUUAUAAUGAAUAUCGUACACCAGUAUUCACAAACGAAGAUAUCAUAUGUUCAUGGCGUGAACGUUCUAUGAACAAAUUUAUCCAUCCUUUUACAAGUUCAUGUAGAUCUCAACGUAAUGAAAGAAUCAAACAAGCAAUGUUUUUCGAUGUAUUCGAUCCAACCAUAAGUCAGGAUUGUUUUUUGGCAUUCAAAUGUCAUUCUAAAAUUCCAACAGAUAACAAUCCAGUAUGCUGGAAUUUCUGUCAAAAUGAAAAGUGUAUCGAAAUGAUAAAAAGUACUUGUCCAGAGAUGUUCUAUUAUCCAACAGUUCCAAUCGCCUUUGGUCAUAUCUACUUUGCUUAUACAAUCAAAUACGCUACGGAUUGGAAAGAUGUGGGACAAAUUCCACCCGAAUAUAUAUGUUAUAAUGAACAGCUAUGUGGUGGAUUCUAUUCGAACGUAACCUUAUUGUCCUUCAGGGGAACUGCAUGUCGUCGUUCGGAAGAUUUUCCAAUAUCGGUUGAUUUCAAUGGAAUAGAUUGGCAUUCCAGUUAUAUCCAGCUAGUAUACUCACAACUUGGACAUUGCAAUCGAAUGUUGCCUAAUAGCUCAGUUUGUGACAGUUUCACUAUGUAUCAAUGUAAAAAUUCAUCGAGAUGUAUUCCAAAAUCUUAUGUUGAUGAUGGUAUUCGAGAUUGUGAUUAUGAAGAUGAUGAAGAACAAAGUACGAUUGAUGAACAUUGUUUGACAGAUGAAACCAACAUGUUUUUCAAAUGUCAAACAGACAACAAAUGUAUUCGCCGAAAUCAAGUUGAAAAUCGCAUUUGUGAUUGUAAAGCGGAUGAAUAUGGUAUGUGCGAUGAUGAAGAUCUAAAAUUACAUCAAAACAGACGACAAAUUACGUUUUCAACGAUUUGUGACGGUUUGGUCGAUCUUUUACCGAUUGUGAUUAAUGGACAAAAUCAGACGGAUGAAACUGAUUGUGAACAAUGGCCAUGCAAUAAUACAUAUACACGAUGUGAUAAUUUUUGGAAUUGUCUGAAUGGAGCUGAUGAAGUUGAUUGUGAUCCAACAUCCUUAAUCAAAUGUCCACUUUAUUAUCAUAUAUGUAUUUCAUCGAAUACAUAUCAAUUAAUAUGUUUGCCUAUUGAAAGAGCCAAUGAUAGUAUUAUUAAUUGUUUAGGUGGUAUCGAUGAACCAGCAUUAUGUCCAGUAACGAAUCGUCUUAAGGAACCAAGAAAGUUUUAUUGCAAAAAUGGUGACUCUGGUACGUGUUUAUCGCUGCAGUAUGUUUGUGAUGGGAUUAAACAUUGUGAAAAUAGUGAUGACGAACAGUUUUGUAACUCAACUAUGAAUGAUUUCUUUCGAGAACGUCCAAAUAAUUUAAAGGCUAAAAAAGUUUCAGACUCAAAUUUCUAUGACACUGUUAAAUCAGAAUCAACAGAUACUCAAUUAAAGAAAUCAAAAUCAAAGGAAAUGAUACCACAUUUAGCGAUGACCAGCGAAAAUGAACAUGAUUGUCACCGUGGCCUUCCUUUACAAGUUUUGUUAGAUAGCCAUAAGAAUUUAACAACAAAAACAUGUCUUUGUCCACCAAGUUAUUAUGGUGAUCGUUGUCAAUAUCAAAAUCAACGUGUUAGUCUCACCAUGGAAAUCAAUGCACCUUCAAAUUCUCGACAAACAUUAUUUGUACUUGUCAUUUCAUUAAUCGAUGAUAGUGAAGAAAAAAUUAUUCAUUCAUAUAAACAACUGUCUUAUUUACCUAUGCGAGAUGAAUAUGUUAAAUUUAAUGUCUAUUUACUUUAUUCUACUCGACCAAAAAGUUCUGCAAAACAAUAUGCAGUACAUAUUGACAUUUAUGAAAUGUCUACGUUAAAUUAUCGUGGAAGUCAGCUGAUAUUACUGAAAUUUCCAUUCUUACCUGUCGAACGUAUUGCUGUUCAACUUAAUAUUCCACAUGCAAAUAAUAUUGUCCAAACUUGUACUAAUCAACAAUGCAUUCAUGGUGAAUGUAUUCGAUAUUUAAAUGAUCCGGAAAACGUCAGUUUUUGCCAAUGUAAAUUAGGUUGGACGGGACGAUACUGCACUAUUCCUCAAAUAUGCACUUGUUCAUCUGAUUCGUUAUGUGUUGGUAUUGCAGCAAAUAAUCGAUCGAUAUGUGUAUGUCCUAUUAACAAUUAUUGGUCACAACCAUUUCAUAUUGCUUUUGUCGAACUUUCGACAUUCCAAUACUACUUGGUUGCUAAUGAAAAAGUAGACUAUUCAUCUGUUAUUGUUCGAAACAUUAAUCCAUCCGAUCGUUGUCGAUCUAUAAAUGAAAUAUUUAUUGAAAGCAUAAUGCGAAUGCAUCUCAUUCAACGCAUUAAAUAUUAUCAUUUACCAUGUCGAAAUCGUUCAUCAAAUUUAUCUUGCUUUUAUGAUGAAAUUCACAUGUGUUUAUGCCAGGAUUUUGGUGAUCAACGUUUAGCUAACUGCUUCCUAUUUAAUCAUCAUAUCAAGCUUGAUGAUUUAACUUUGCCUCACAACCAAUUCGAACGUGAAUGUUCGGAAGAUUAUUCAUUUAAUUCAUCGAUUUUAUCAACGUCAUCUAUCCCAUCAAGUACACCAUUAGAUAGUGGCAUGUCAUCUAUUUACGCUUGCGAAUAUUUUCUAUAUUUAUUCAUCUUGCUACUUUGUUUACAUAUUCUUUACACACAAUGA